AUGGAGGACGCAAUUGAUGCUGAUGGAGAAAAGGGCGAUUCCGAUGGAGAAAGGGAUAGUGUGGUUGUAACUGAUGUUGGGGUGGAUCAAAGCAGUAUUGCACUCAUUUUCGAACUAAACAUCACCCGAGAUGAUUUUCCAAGUGAUUUUUACAUUGGUGUCGGCACUGCAGCCACACAGACGGAAGGGGCAGCCGAAGAAGAAGGGAGACGACCGAGUGUGUGGGAUCACCGUGCCAAAAUGCUCCCAGGUAGCAUUCCGAACAGUGACAAAUUCCCUUUUGCAAUUGAUGGAUACAAAAGAUACAAGGAGGAUAUUAAGAUCAUCAAGGAUCUCGGAGUAAAUGGUUACAGAUUCUCCAUCUCGUGGAGUAGGAUUUUACCACAGGGGAGCUUAAGUGGUGGUAUUAAUCAACGGGGUGUGGAUCACUAUAACAGUCUAAUCAAUGAAUUAAAAAGAAAUGGCAUCGAGCCUUUUGUCACGAUCUAUCACUUCGACAUGCCACAAGCGCUGCAAGUAAAAUAUGGGGGCUAUUUGAAUAGCAAGUUUGUGCAAGACUUCCAAGACUACAGUGACCUUUGCUUCAAGUUAUUUGGAGACAGAGUCAAACACUGGUUCACCAUUAAUGAGCCUAGUUCUCUUGCAGUGUAUGGCUAUGAGAUUGGGAUUGCCCCACCAGGAAGGUGUUCCCUUCCAGAAGGACAAUGUGGGUUGGGAGCUCCACCUCCAGGAACAUGUAUUGUGCCUGCCGGUCCCUGCUUUGGUGGUAACUCGUCAACGGAACCUUACAUUGCCGCCCAUAACCUUAUCCUUGCUCACGCUGCAGUGGUAAAACUAUAUAGAGAGAAAUACCAGGAAGAGCAAAAAGGAGAAGUUGGAAUCGUCCUUGCUGCAACCUAUUUUGCGCCAUUUUCCAAAUCACAGGAAGAUAAAGCUGCAGCAAAGCGACUCUUUGAUUUCACCCUAGGAUGGUUUAUGGAACCCUUGGUGUUCGGAGACUAUCCACAAAGCAUGAGAGAUCUGGUGAAGGAAAGGUUGCCCACCUUUUCUGCAGAAGAGAAAUCUCUACUCAGCGGGAGUUUAGGUAAUUUUGUUGGGAUAAACUAUUACUCAUCAGCUGGUGCAAAACACAGGCCUCCUCCUCCUACAGAGCAGUUGCGGCAUUCCUUCGAUUCAUGGGCUGAAGCAACAGCGAUCCCAGACGUUUCUGGUGUGUCCAAUAGUAAUUGGCCUCAAGGGCUGCAGAAGCUGAUGAAUUAUGUGAAGAAUAAAUAUCAAAGGCCACAAGUCUACAUUUCUGAAAAUGGAUAUACUAAUACAAGGAAUGACAGCCGUUCGCUUCAUGAACGAUUAUACGACCCCCAUCGAGCUUCCUAUAUUGCUCGGCAUUUGUAUCGGCUGAAUAGGGCAAUGAAGAAUGGAGCGAACGUCAAAGGGUACUUUUACUGGGCUCUAUUCGACGAUGUUGAAUGGGGUCUUGGGUUUUCGCUGCAAUAUGGACUUUACUAUAUUGAUUUCGGCAACAACGACAAGCGCUACCCCAAGCUCUCAGCUAGGUGGUUCCGUGAUUUCAACAACAAGAACUACUAG